AAAGUUGAUACUUAGUUUUGCAAGCUAUUAACUCCACCAUAUGCAAACUCUUGCCCCACUCCUCCGAUACUCCCUCUCCACACCACCGCAGCCAGCCAACGACGCGACGGUCAUACGCACGUCGACUACGGUGACGCACUAGGCAGCCACCACAUUCACCGCACCCUUUCCGUGAUCGUCGAUGAUUCAAUGGCGCAACAAUCUGAGAAGAACAAAGCAAAGGGAACGAAGAAGAAAAGCGAGUUUGAGUUCUGCAAAGUCUGCAACCUAAACCACGACCAAGGCCUCCGCCACAAGUACUUCCCUAACCACAAGAACUCCCUCCCCACCUUCCUCUCUCGCUUCCGUAACAAACUCUCCGAUGUCCGCUUCUUCCUCACAAACCCUAUCGCUCUCGCUCCCAAUCUCGCUUCUCGCAACAGCUUCUGGUGCGUUUUCUGCGACCAAAACAUCGACGAGCUCUCUAGUUCCUUUGCCUGUGCUAAUGCUAUUCAUCACCUGGCAAGUGUUGAACAUGUGAAGAAUUUGAAGCAUUUCUUCUGGAAAAACGGUGGUGCCAUGGAUCAGUUGGAUAAGUACAUGUUUUCUGAUGAUGAUUUAGCUAAGUGGGAGAAGAAGUGCAUGGCAAGAGAAAAUGAAGCUGCAUUGCCGAGCGAGGGAAGUUGUUGUGGAGCGGUUUCUGCUGGACCAUCAAGUGAUAUCCAAUUCAACAAUGGAAAUAUUGAUAGUUUUGAAAAUGUUUACUCCAAUUCUGUGAAAUCGUAUCCUUCGAAUGUUGUUUUGCCUUUACAUAGCUAUACGAAUGAGUAUCAGGUAUCCUCUUCAGGACUAUCUGGAGUCGGCAAUAUUGGCCAGUUAGAUAUUGGCAACUCUUCGGAAGCUUGCUCUUCUGGGAAUCCUUUUGCUUUGCAGGAUUUUGCAGUUGAAAAUAGGAGCCAUUCUCUCCCGUGCAAUACUGGACAAUGGUCAAGUGAUGGCCACUCUCGUAAUAAAGCGGUUUUUGACAAUCGUAGAAAGGUAACCAGAGAGAGCAGUCAGCAGGGUCCACAGAUGCUGACCCGAAUCCCUUCUGUGCGUACUGAAAGUAAUGGUGGAAAUGUUCAUUCUGAAGCACCUCCGCCAUGGUUUGAAGGAACUGAGGAGGUUCAGAUACACUCUAAGUCUGUUCUAGAAGACCUUGUCUCCCAUUCUAACAAGUCUGGGAAGUCCAAAAAGUUGAAUCCAAAUAGGGUGGGAGCAGCAUGGGCAGAAAAGAGAAAGAUUGAAAUGGAGAUGGAAAAGAGGGGAGAGAUUGUGAGGAAUGAAUAUGAUGCCAACUGGCUUCCUAAUUUUGGUAGGGUCUGGCAAUCUGGUAGCAGAAGAGAAUCCAGAAAAGAAUUCGAGAGGGAGAAACCAAAGUUAUUAGAUGUUGAAACUCAGUCAGAGAUGCCAAUCAAGAUACAACCUUAUGUUAGCAAAAGAAUGCGGAUGGAUAGUGGUGGUGAUCAAGCAAGUGGGUGAAGUUUCUGGUGGCAAGCAUCUUCAGGGAGUCAUCUCUAUCAUAUAUGUCUUUCAGCAUUUUUUAACAUUGGAGACUGAAUGUAAUUUACACAAAGAAUAUGGUGCGUUCAUAUCAACCCUGAAAAAACACUGCAGUGGUUGUGCAGUAUUGAUCCCAACAAUGGUUCAGUAAAAUAGAUGCAUACAUUAAGCAAAAAUAGGCUACCUUAGGAUGGUUGCUGGGUGUUACGGAGAGUUUGACUUUUGCCAACCAGUUUGAUUUUAAACUUAGGAUGGUUGCUAUUGACAUUUAGGUAGGGGUUGCUUUGCAACAUGUUACUCAAGGGAAUGGGGCAACUUGUCUGUAGUAAUGUACAGAUACUGAUAUUACUUUGCCUGUUAGUUAAGAGAUAUAUUUUCAGUAUUUUGCUGAUGCUGUGUUUUAUAUAAGAUGUCAACACAGCACGUGUGUAAUUUUAGCUUCAUUGAGUUGCAAUCAUUUAA